AAUAGGCAUAAAAUUCAGCGAUGGAGAAAUGCCAGAUGGCUGGUUGUUAGGAACACUGGCAGAGAGGCGCUACACAAGUGCACAAACAAAGACCCGCAAUAUUGUGGAGCGAUGCAUCGGUGUAGUGAAGUCUCGCUUCAGGUGCAUCGACCGUUCUGGAGGAGUGCUGCAGUACACACCUGAAAAAGCCUGUAAGAUCAUCACCUCAGCCUUCAUACUACACAACAUCUGCCAGAUGUAUCGCCUGCCAGUACCCAACAUCCCUGACGACCACCCUGAGGAAGAUGGACAUGACCACCCUGCCCCAUGCGAGACUGGCAUCCAAGCUAGGAAUGACCUCAUUAGAAGGAGGUUCACCCAAGCAAAUUAAAGCAAAAUCUACUACACAGAAUGUAAAAUCACAAUGUAUGUAAAUAUCCCAUUUGAUUUG